CAUCACCACCGGAUCCCCAACAUCGCCACUGGGACCCCAGCAUCGCCACCAGAUCCCCAGCAUCGCCACCGGGACCCCAGCAUCACCACCGGAUCCCCAGCAUCUCCGCUCUGUCCCCUUCCCUGUGACCCAGGGCCGUCCAGCACCACCCGGUCCCCGCACCGUGACCCGUGGUGCCCGUGCUCAGCCCGUGCCAGCCCCCGGCAGGAAUGGCCAUCGCCACCGUCGCCGCGGCCGAGAGCCGGCUGUGCGGGAACUGCAAAAAGGAUAUUCCUGUUGCUAAUUUCGUCGUGCAUGAAAUCCACUGUAGCAGAAACAUUGAAGUAUGUCGCCACUGCAGUGAAUUGAUCCCAAAGUCGGAAAUGAAGAGCCAUAUCGAGUCUGAGCACGUGCAGGUUACCUGCAAGUGUAGGAUGAAGAUAGAAAAAUGUCUCCUGAAGGAUCAUGAGGCAUCGGCGUGCCCUCUGCGUCCUGUUGUCUGCCAGUACUGUGACAUACAGCUCGCUUCCAACAAGCUCCGGGACCAUGAGGUUUACUGUGGAGCCAGGACUGAGAGAUGCGGUGGGUGCGGUCGUAACAUCAUGAUGAAAGAUCUAAAAGAGCAUCCUCGAGUCUGUGGGCAAGAGGUGAAACCAGUAAGAGGAAGCAGAGCAGUGCCUCGCUUUGAGGAUGAGGAUGCAGAUUCGCACGUCCUUCGAGACAUUAGAAACCGACUGAGAUCAGAGGAUGAACUGGAGCAGCUGGAGAGAAAUGAAAACGCUCGUUCUUCACUUCAUGAAGAGUGGAAUGCUGAUUUAGACUACGCGUUGGCUCUCAGCUUACAAAAUGAGAAUAAUCCUCACAACAAUACUGCAGCUGAAGUUCCCAGUGGCUUCUGGGAAAGCUACUACACCAAAGGGUCUGUGCCAUCGGCCUGUCUUUAUGAAACAGACACAUCAAAUAUCUUCUCCUGUGACUCUUCGGGAUCUUUUAGCACAUCAAACCACAUAAAAAACAGCGAGAUCAUCAUGUUGCCGUGUGAAUUUUGUGAGGAGCUCUUUCCUGCCGAAGAUCUGAUUCUUCAUCAGACAGGCUGUAACCCAGCAAGUGCCUUUGCCUCAUUCAGUAAAAGAAGCAUUUCUUCAAAUCCACAAGAAUAUGACGGUCUGCGUGCUCUUGGGUCCAAAAGCUGUAGGUCUCUUUCUUCAUCCCAGCUCCAAGCUGUCCAGGCAGAUGGAGACAUUAUGAUUCCCUGUGAAUUUUGUGGCAUCCAGCUGGAAGAAGAGACAGUCUUUCAUCAUCAGCACCAUUGCGAUCUGCGCCCAGCCAGCCCAGCAGCCACCUUGCCAUCUCGGCAGCUGCUGCCUCCUCAAGCCAAUGGAGAGAGAAGAGAAGCGCCAGAGCUGGUUCGGAGACGAAUCAGGCAUCAAGGAGAUGUUUCUCCUCGGUGCAUGGAAGGCUUUGGGCAGCAGCGGCUCAGCAAUCCCGCACGAGCGACCAAGUCACUGAACAAUAUGGCGAACGCCAGGAAUGCACCACUGUCCUCUUCAGUGGGAGCCAGCGAUGCUCCUGACUCGAGAGGGAAAUCCAGGAAGGCGGCUGGCAAUGAGGGAAGACUGAACAGUGGUGCAAGUGAAUCUGCAGGAGGGACGACAGCACAUGCGAGACCUACUCGGAACUUUCAUUCAGCAGCUUUCACACCCAGCUUCUCAAGAACUUCUCCCACCCAACCAAGCAUCAUCAGUGGAGGAGGAAGGAGCCUUGGGAUAUCAGAUGGUCCGUCCGGCUUCAGGCGCAGGAACACGAAGGCAAAAGCCCAGAGCCCAGCAUCCGGUGACCCAGAGAAAUGACCCACCACAUGCAAAACACAUUUCACACCCUUCCUGUGCACUCUAGUGCUUAUUUACCUGAGCGCAAGUAAAUUCCUGUUUCGCUGUCAGUGAAGACUUUUCUAUGAAUUCCGGUCGUUCCAGGCAGUUGUUCUGGGUUCGCUGGGAUGGAAUCCAGGUCCUUCCCAGCGCUGCUGUGCUUUGCAUUCAGUACAGGUGUCGCUCACACCCAUUGUUUUAGUUGACCGCUGGGCAGUGACCAAUUCAUCGUGCAUCACUUGAGUUGUAUAUUUUAUUAUUAUUGUCCUUAUUCUCUCCUCCUCUGUUAUCCUAUUAACCGGUUCUUUCCUACACCCAUCAGUUUUCCUUCUUUCUUAAUCCUCCUCCCCAUCCCACCGUGGAGGGAGAGCGAGCGCAGCUGCAUGCUCCUUGCUGCCGCCCGGGUUAAACCCACGACAGCAGCGAUUGUUUUAUAGCUCGAGAUGCACAUAUUUUUGUGAGCGUAUCCUACAGGUUUUUACUUCCGUGCUCUCUCCUGUCACCGUGUCCCAAGCCGCCCACUACCCUGCUGCCUUGGGAACUGCCUGGGUCGUGGUUCCGUGUUUCUGACACCCAGUGAAAGAGAACUUUGAUGUAUUGAGCUUCAAGCUUGCGGCUCGGCUGCACCGGGCCCGGGUGAUUGACGUUGCCCAUGGAUAAGCUCUGAGCCCGUGGCUGUCUUGUAAAAUGCUUUUUAAGGCUGUUUUAGUCUGUGCUUUUUAAAUUCUUGUAAUAAAUUUGAUCUACUGCUGUCCCAAGGCUUCGUGCAGUAAAACUCCACUACAGGAAGGGAGGAGGGGGGCCCCAAACACCAGGCGAGACCCUGGCGCUGGCCAGGCCGGAGCGGGCUGUACUGGGUGUGCUGUGGGACAGCGGUAGGGAGCUGGUAAUGCAAAAGCCGGAGCCAGCAGGCCUUGGAUAAUGACUGCAGGCAUCACCUCAAUUAACUGGGUACAGCAGAUGGCGUUCCCGGGGCUAAUUAGCCAGUCACCGUUACCGGAGGCCUCGGCUCUGCUGCCAGCCCCGUCCCCCAGGCUGCAACAGCAACAGCUGAGGCGAUCUGGCUUCUAAAAGAAAGACAUUUUACUGACGCUUCCACCAAAUGUAAGCAUUUAUUUAUACAAGAAAAGCAGAAUAAAGGUAUUUAAAACCAGGUGGCACCAAUCUCGCUAUGGCCUUCCCGGGAAAAUGGCUCUGGCCUUCCUGGGGCAAAUGGUGCUGGCAAGCGAAGGGGAGCUGAGCGGGCGCUGCCGGGGUUACAGGACACCUUGUGCAGAGGAGCAAGUAGGGAAAAUAACGCACCAGUGAGCCGCCAGCAUGGCUCAGCCCACACUGCUCCUCAGGCAUGAGGAAUACGGCACCGUCUCCGUUAAGAGAAAUAUUGGCAAUCAGAGAGCUUGCUUCCCCUUCUGUACAGAAUAUUUACACUGCUGUUCCACCUAAAUACAGUUACAGUGUACGGACCCUGCAACAGGGGAUUAAAAAGCAGAAAACCUGCAGCGUCAGUUGGAGCAGCUCCAUCAGUAGAGGGGGUUUGAAUUAUCUCCAGCCCCAAAUAAGGACACAGCACAUCUGGAGGGAUGUUAAGAAUCUCCUUUAUGCAAGUGUACACCGUAUGGCCAAGAGCACUUAACAGGUUAAUGCUGUGUACGGUACCAGGAAGGACACACACCAAGCGAGAACACCCGGCCCCAGCGGCUCCAGGUGCUCGGUACAAUCGUACAUUCUGAAUGGAUAUAUAUUAAAGAAAAAUAAACCACAACCCAAUCUUUGCUCUGACAAACAAGCCUAUUACAAUGUCAAGUUCAUUUAAAGCACAAGGAAGUAAUGAUGAUUAGAAAAGCUUUAAUUAAAGGCCAUUUGGGCUGCAGUCCAACUGCUGCAGCACUUCCUUCCUAGUAACGUGGGGAAAAAAAAAAGCCAAAAACCUCACCGUAGCUCCUCUUCUCGCAGGGCUCCGGCCACUCUUCACAGAAACCAAAGUCGACGACGGUUAUUUAUUGGUGUGACAUUCUCCUGUAUAGGAAGCUUCAUUUACACAGCAAGGUGUAAACAGCGCUGACCAGAAGUUUGUUAUUUGUACUCAUAAAUAAUUGCAAUAAAUAUGUAUCAAGUAACUUUACAGCACACCUUCCAGGGCCAGGACGCAGCCAUGUCCUGCUCCGAUGUGCGCUCUGGAAGGAGACAGACAUUAGCAGCAGUUCCUUACUCACAUCCUUGGCGACGCCGGCCCUGCGGGCCAGGCUGUGCCCGCACUGCGAGUCCCCCCCAGCGCAGAGGGCUGCAAAGGGGCGACCUCAACCCAGUACGAACCCAAGGUCCAGUCGCCAGAAAGAAACCCCGAACGCAUUGCCGUCAGCAGCAAGAGUUCUGCCAUGAAAUUCCAUGGACGUUCUUCACAUUUCCGUGCAGCGCCGGUUUGGGAAUGCACGUCCCAGAUAGGAAUAAACCGGCUCUGAGCCAUUCCUUCCACUUCAUUUUCCCCUUGGUCUUUGCAAGCUCCACGUGUGUUUGCGCUCACUCCCAGUGGUUUCUCAGCUACAUAAACGCUUCUACCAGGAAACGGACAAGGUUUAAGAGUAACUAUUCUUCCUACACGUGUCUGUUCCUUUGACAGGGCAACACACAACAGCAGGGCAACACAGCUUUCCUAACCACAGGAUCAGAGACUGUAUCCCAACAGCUACCUCUACACGGGCUGCACACACGCUUCCAUUCGCUCACAGAACAAGAAUAUACAGACUUGUUGAGGCUUUUCUCUCUUACAUCUUCCAAAUACCACACACUCAGAAUUCCCAGUAUUCACAAUAAUAUACAAUAAAUACAGCUUUUUCAACUCUCAUCACCACUGACGAGACACGCGAGCGUGUGCUGUCUUUCUAGAGACACAACACCAACCGUAAAAUACAGUUAUAGACAUCCAGAACUUUUGCACAGCUGACGUGCACUGAGCACAUCGGAAGGGAAACAACGAACAUGUAGCUCAGUACUGGCACUUCACUCCCAGGUAGCACCAAGCCGAGCAGCGCAGCCGCGAUUUCCGUGUGUUCUCAGUUCUCCAGCACGCGGGUAAUUCUCUCUUGUGCCGGGUUCCAAGUGAUCAACAUAGCAACGCCGUGAUUUUAAAUGCACCCGGAUACAGCAGUUAAACUGGGAGAAUCGUCCUCUCCCCAUAGCCUGCUUUUACCUUUCCAUAGACAAUAAAGCUCCUCUCUUCAGAUGUCUCACUUUGUGUCUUCCCCUCUCAGCCUCCUUUCGGGUGUCACGGCUCUUGGACAAUUUGCUUUUAGAUCAAAGAUCAUUUUUGAGUACAAAGAUGAGUUACAGGUGUUCAAACACACCUCAGUUGCUCUGGGCAUAGGUUAAAGUUGCAGUUUGCAAGCUCGAGCUGCAGUGUUUUACACCGCAGAAGUCAUUCUGUUUCUGCUAAUGUUUUAAUUGCAAUAAAUUACUUUGUUCCUAUGCAAAGCAGAUGUUCAAGAACAUCGAGGGCAUGAACCCAAUGGAAUUAUGGCCCUUUCACUGUUCCUUCAAUUAUAAACCUUCCUCAUCACAAGUGUCCAGCUGAAACCCCAGACCGUGGCAGCUUCCCCUGUGCUCAUCUAAAGUUAACAGAAAGUGGUGGGAAGGUGACCGCGCAGCUUGGCAGUGCGUCUGCCGCUCUCAAGCUCAAGCAAGGGCUGAAAUUCGGCACCAUCUCUGCCUGUGAUGGAAGAGGUUCUGCGCUCUGCUCCUGCCAGGGCCCUGCAGUGCUUCUCUCCAUGCCCAAUUCUUCCCAUUUUUGUACUCAAAAAUGUUUCAGGGGAGAAUGAUCUGCGAGCCUUCACCUCCGAGUGCUCCCGAACUCCGAACGCCCUCACUUUGUUGUGUUUGCAGGGUAACGUCCCUUCUAAAUUACAAAAUUAGAAAUGUACAGGUUUUAAGGUUUUUCAAAAUUAAAUUAUACACAAACUGGUCUUUACUAAACUAUCCUACAAAUAUUCCACAAACAA